AGUAGGUGUUGACGUCAGCGUUCUCUUCCGCCGUCCUCGCCGCCAUCCCCGGCGCGGCUCAAUUCAGUCGGAUCUGUCUGGGAGAAUCCAGCGACAUCCACCACCAUGGUGAACUUCACUGUAGACCAGAUCCGGGCCAUCAUGGACAAGAAGGCCAACAUCCGCAACAUGUCUGUCAUCGCCCACGUGGACCACGGCAAGUCCACGCUGACGGACUCCUUGGUGUGCAAAGCCGGCAUCAUCGCGUCCGCUCGUGCUGGUGAGACCCGCUUCACUGACACCCGGAAGGAUGAGCAGGAGCGCUGUAUCACCAUCAAGUCAACCGCUAUCUCCCUCUUCUAUGAGCUUUCUGAGAAUGACUUGAACUUUAUCAAGCAGAGCAAGGAUGGCUCUGGCUUCCUUAUCAACCUCAUUGACUCUCCUGGGCAUGUGGACUUCUCCUCAGAAGUGACGGCUGCCCUGCGUGUCACUGAUGGCGCCUUGGUGGUGGUGGACUGUGUGUCAGGUGUGUGCGUGCAGACAGAGACAGUGCUGCGGCAGGCUAUCGCUGAGCGCAUCAAGCCCGUGCUCAUGAUGAACAAGAUGGACCGGGCCCUGCUGGAGUUGCAGUUGGAGCCCGAGGAGCUGUACCAGACCUUCCAGCGCAUAGUGGAGAACGUCAACGUCAUCAUCUCCACCUACGGCGAGGGCGAGAGCGGUCCCAUGGGCAACAUCAUGAUUGACCCUGUCCUUGGUACUGUGGGCUUUGGGUCUGGCCUGCAUGGCUGGGCCUUCACCCUAAAGCAGUUUGCAGAGAUGUACGUGGCCAAGUUCGCUGCCAAGGGGGAGGGCCAGUUGGGGCCUGCUGAGCGGGCCAAGAAGGUGGAAGACAUGAUGAAGAAGCUGUGGGGUGACCGGUACUUCGAUCCAGCCAACGGCAAGUUUAGCAAGUCAGCCACCAGCCCUGAUGGAAAGAAGCUGCCCCGUACUUUCUGCCAGCUCAUCCUGGACCCCAUCUUCAAGGUGUUUGAUGCAAUCAUGAACUUCAAGAAAGAGGAGACAGCAAAGUUGAUUGAGAAGCUGGACAUUAAGCUGGACAGUGAGGACAAAGACAAAGAGGGAAAGCCGCUGCUCAAGGCUGUGAUGCGCCGCUGGCUGCCAGCUGGGGACGCGCUGCUGCAGAUGAUCACCAUCCACUUGCCGUCACCUGUUACAGCACAGAAGUACCGCUGCGAGCUGCUAUAUGAGGGGCCCCCAGAUGAUGAGGCCGCCAUGGGCAUUAAAAGCUGUGAUCCUAAAGGCCCACUAAUGAUGUACAUUUCCAAAAUGGUGCCAACUUCUGAUAAAGGUCGGUUCUAUGCCUUUGGACGUGUCUUCUCAGGGCUGGUGUCCACUGGCCUGAAAGUCCGGAUUAUGGGCCCUAACUACACCCCUGGGAAGAAGGAGGACCUUUACCUGAAGCCCAUCCAGAGGACCAUCCUGAUGAUGGGCCGCUAUGUGGAGCCCAUUGAGGACGUGCCUUGUGGGAACAUCGUGGGACUGGUGGGUGUGGACCAGUUCCUAGUGAAGACUGGUACCAUCACCACUUUUGAGCAUGCCCACAACAUGCGUGUGAUGAAGUUCAGCGUCAGCCCUGUGGUCAGAGUGGCUGUGGAGGCCAAGAACCCAGCUGACCUUCCCAAGCUGGUGGAGGGGCUGAAGCGGCUGGCCAAGUCCGACCCCAUGGUGCAGUGCAUCAUCGAGGAGUCAGGAGAGCACAUCAUCGCGGGCGCUGGCGAGCUUCACCUGGAGAUCUGCCUCAAGGACCUGGAGGAGGACCAUGCCUGCAUACCCAUCAAGAAAUCGGACCCCGUGGUCUCGUACCGGGAGACAGUGAGCGAGGAGUCGAAUGUGAUGUGCCUCUCCAAGUCCCCCAACAAGCACAACCGCCUGUACAUGAAGGCGCGACCCUUUCCGGAUGGCCUGGCUGAGGACAUCGACAAGGGGGAGGUGUCUGCCCGCCAGGAGCUAAAGCAGCGUGCCCGCUACCUGGCUGAAAAGUAUGAGUGGGAUGUGGCAGAGGCCCUGUCCAUGCCAGCCAAUCAGGUCACGGAAAGUCAUUCAGUCAAGCCAAAGGCGAGGCAGUAUCCGGGUGCGGUGCCCGGAAAAGACGCAGAGGGUGGACCUUUGGGAUGA